GGCGCGCGGGGCGCCUCGGCGCGGGGCGGCGGCAGCACCACCAUGGGCCGCGCCGCGCCCGCGCCCCCGCCCCGCUAAGAGCCGGAGCCAUGGGCUCCCACCUGCCGCAGCAGCGCCCGGAGCCGCGCCUGGUGCUGCAGCUGCCGCCCGGGGCUCUGCAGAGCCCGGAGCCGCCGGGCGGAGGAGGAGGAGGAGGAGGAGGAGGCGCGGGGGCCGAGUGGCAGGGGCUGUUGCGGCGGGCGGAGGCGCUGGCGCACGGCGGGCGGCUGCACGAGGCGCUGCCGCUCUACCAGCUCGCGUCCCGGCACCGGCAGCUGCGGGCCGAGCAGCUGGAGAAGCUGGUGGAGUGCCUGGCGCAGAGCGUGCGGAUCAGAGAGGGGCCGCCCGCCCCGCCGCCCCACCACUGGGACGUCUUCGGGUGCCGCAAAUGCCAGGGUUUCCUCUUCGAGCCCGUUUCCUUGCCUUGCGGACACACCUUCUGCAAAAAGUGCCUGGAGAGGGACCGGGCGGGCGGGUCCCGGUGCGUUCUGUGCAAAGAGGAGGGCGGCGCGGCCGCCGGGCAGCUCCUGCGGGUCAACGUCAUCCUCAGCAACCUGCUGGCCAAGUGGUUCCCGUGCCAGGUGAAGGCUUCGCAGCUCCGCCACGAAGGGAACCUCUUGUACAAGGAAAAGAAGCUCCAAGCCGCCCUGCAAAAGUACAACGAAGCGGUCAGCCUAGCUCCAAAUGACCACUUGCUAUACAGCAACCGGUCCCAGAUUAAUUCUACUUUGAAAGCUUGUGAAGAUGCGUUGCAUGAUGCAGAAACAGCAUGCAGACUGCAGCCGUACUGGUUGAAAGGUCACCUAAGGAAAGGACAAGCAUUAGCUAAUCUGGGGAAAACAGAAGAAGCUUUACGAGAGUUUCUAUUCUGCCUUGCUCUGGAUACUGGGAACAAGACUGCCAAGUCUGAGGCACAAAAGCUUCUACUUAGUUUGUUUUCACCCAUCCCGGGAAAUGCUCAGGAACACUUACCCGAUAUCCUGCAGCUGUUGUCACAUCACUCUAGAUUAAAGGGGAAUCUCCUAAAUUCAGUGGGAUCUGGAAGCACCAGCCAUAACCUACAGAGGUUGCUCAAGGUAAAUGUGGAGCAGAAAAAGGGUUUUCCCAUUCAAGAGGAACCAAAUGUAACUACUUCUGGUAGUUUGAGGAAAUCUGCACAAAUAGCAGAGAGCAAAAAGGACUGCUCAGAGGAGGAGAACAAACUCACGUCUGUGCCAGAGUCUGCUUUUCUCAUUUCUGAGAAGUGCAGCCUCCUGAAAAGAAAGUGCUGCCCAGAGGAGAUGCGGAAUGCUGAGGUACCCUGCAAACUGAUGAAGAAAGAUACAGCUGAUACUAAGGGGAAUAUUACUGGGCAAGAUAUUCCAUUUGAAUUUGUGGAUCCAUCAGAUUUGGACUGUUCCCUGUGUAUGAGGCUCUUCUAUGAACCUGUCACUACACCUUGCGGACACACCUUCUGUCUCAAAUGUCUUGAGAGAUGCCUGGAUCACAACCCAAAAUGUCCCCUGUGCAAGGAAGGGCUCUCAGAGUGCUUGGCUCUGAGGAAAUACUGUAAGACAGUACUAAUGGAGGAGUUAAUAGCAAGGUAUCUUCCAGAGGAACUAACAGAGAGAAGAAAGAUUUAUGAAGAGGAAAUAGCAGAGCUUUCCAACCUAAAUAAGAAUGUUCCUAUAUUUGUCUGCACAAUGGCUUAUCCUACAGUCCCAUGCCCUUUGCACAUCUUUGAGCCAUGUUACCGACUGAUGAUUCGAAGGUGCAUGGAGACCGGCACCAAACAAUUUGGGAUGUGCAUCAGUGACCCUGUAAAGGGGUUUGCAGACUAUGGCUGCAUUCUGGAGAUAAGAAAUGUUGAAUUCUUUGCUGAUGGCCGGUCUGUUGUAGACAGCAUUGGAAAGAGAAGAUUUAAGGUGAUACAGCAUAGCCAGCGAGAUGGCUACAAUACAGCGGAUAUUGAGUACAUUGAGGAUCAAAAGGUGCAAGGACAAGAGUAUGCUGCAUUACUUGGUCUUCAUGACUCUGUCUAUGAUCAGGCAUACAUGUGGUUUAACUCCCUCAAGCAAGCACUCAAAAGUCGAAUUCUCAGUCAUUUCGGUCCAAUGCCAGCUAAGGAUCCUGACCCACAGGCCAACCCUAACGGGCCAGCCUGGUGCUGGUGGGUCCUAGCUGUCCUUCCACUGGAGAACAGAGCUCAGCUCCCUUUCCUUGCCAUGAAAUCCCUCAAAGACCGCUUGAAUGGCAUCAGACGUGUCCUUACAUUUAUGUCUCGUACCCGAUCGCGGUGAUGGUGAGAAGGAGAGCUGUGAAGUCUCCCACAGUACUUGACUGUAGACUGUCUCUCGUAACUUCAUAUAACUGCAAUAAUGUCUUACAGAUUUGGGUGUCAGGAUGUUUCAAGCCUGAAUUUCAAAGAAAAAAGUUAUAAAGAGCAAGGGAUGUUUAUGGAUACUUCGAUAGUUUCCAUUUGGAACUCUGAGAUGAUUAUUCAAUCACUGCACUGUUAAAUUAAUAACAAAUGUGAUAGAACAAAGUGAUCUUGUUUGCCAUAAACCUUUUAAAAAGCUUAAGAGGUUUUUUAAUUUAUUUUAUUUUUAUUUUUUUAGUGGAUAAAGGAUAAACUGUGCAGUUUUAAUGUGAAGCAGAAAUAAUAAUGUUAAUGCAUUAUUUCAGUGAACUGCAAAGUCUUUUAUUCCAAAUGGUUCAGGUUUUAUAUAGCAUUGUGUAAAAUAAUGUUCACAACUUCCGUUUGAUAAUUUAUUUUUGCACUAUGAAUUUUGUUUCAAUGUAUAUUAUUUAUGUGUUCAUUCUCUAAAGGAAAGUGAGCUGCUCUAUUUAUUUAGUGUUUUUACCCUGUCUGUAUGACUGGGGCAAAAUGAUGAUCCUAGCAGUGCACAAGCAACUGCUUUGGUAAUUUUUCAGAUAUUUGUGUUCAAAUACUUUGAAUGUUUUUCUACUUAUCCCCAGUUCCACUGUAGCCUAAGAAGGAUUUCUCGCCCUUUCCUCCCUCUUCCUCUGAAACAGCCUGCCAUGAAGUCUCUGAAUACAUAGAUUGACUGGGAGAAUGCGAGCACAAUUGCUGAAGGUUGAUCCUGUGCUUGCAGCUAGUUUCCCAAUAUCACAAAACUGUCAAGCAAAUGCUUAAAUUUACGCAUGAGUGUUUCAGUUCUUGACUGAAAUGGAAGUGUCGCUCAGUUAAUGUCAGUAGUGACAGAAGGAUCCCCUAAUUUUUCACAGAACAGAGAAUAAUUAGGAGUUGAAUUUCUAUCUGCACUCUUUCUUGCAAGGAAGGAUAACAGCUACAAACAACUGCAAAGAAAGAGCCUCAAUAUAUGAAAAGUGAUUUCUCCUGAAAGAAGCCUAAGUAUUGGUAUCAUUUUAUUGUAGAUUACUACACAGGAUUAGUUUUUAUAUCAACUCUUGUUGCUGUUAAGAUAGUCUUAUUUCUUUUUCUUUUUAAUUGUUUGUUGGAAUUUGGCUUUGAAGUGUGUAUGUGGAGCGGGAAGUUAUUUGAACUGUAGGAUUUGGGUGGCAGUUUGUCACACAAGAAGGAAUAUGUUGUAAUAAAUGCUAUUUAUUUCACCCCAAUCUUCAGGUUUCUGUUAGCUUCAAAUCUCUACCCAUUCACUGAAUUUCUCUUAAGAGACUGGGUAGUAUUGCCAGUAAUUAACUCCCCAGAAAAACAAGUGAAUUUUAGCAUGAUUACUUCUAGCUACAAAGCAGGUAAAAAUAGGGCAGAAACAAGAAAUAUCUUGGCUUUUUUUUUUUUUUUUUCAAAUCAGCAGUUCGUUUGUUUUGCUGCUUUUAUUCCUUUCAGUACCAAUUUCUGGGACUGAUCUUGCCUCCAUCUGACUUUGAUUUUUCACUGAUUUCAAUGUGAGCAGGACUGGGCCUUUUAUUCUAAGCUACUGGUUUACUUUUCAGUGGCAAAACCAGACUGAAUUGAAAAUGUUGUGGGAUGCUACAACUUUCCUUGUUAUUUUUACCCAGGAUAGUGCUGUUUGCCAUUCCAUGCCUUUAUGGAAAAAUGCAGUAGAGUUUAAUGUCAGUUUUCUCUGUGUUUUUCCACCAUCAUCAUCUCAUCAGAAAUAUUUAUUAGUUAAGAGUUAUUUCCAU